AUGACUGUGAAUCAAUUAAUGAAUAAACUUUCACCAAUUCUCACCCAUGUUAAACAAGUAGACGUUUAUUUUGAUGAUUGCAUAGAAAGUUUAUUUUAUAAAGGUAAGUUUAAUAUUAAACCUAUUGCUUUUGCAUUUGAUGGUAAAUUAAUCGAAAAUUCAAAAAUUUGGGAAUUAAUUCCGGAUAUUGAAUUUAUAACAAAUAUUAAGGAUAAGUGGUUUAAACAACAAAACCACUUCACUAAAGUUCUUUGUAGAUUAAUGAUUAAAACUGAGGAAAAAGAAUUUAACAGGUUUAAAUAUCAUCCAUGUAAAAUUUUAGAACUUGGUAACGAAAAACUUCAGAAAAAAUUAAACGCAAGACUAUCAAAAGAUAGAGUUGAAAGAGUAAUUAAACUCGCUAAAGAUAAUGAUGAUGAAGAUGAAUUUGAUGAGUUCAACAUUGAACUUUAA